CUAUUCCAAAUCCCACCACUAUUUUUUACUUUAUUCUAUUUUCAAUCCCUCCAAAUCUUUCCUCAUAGUAAUAGUAAUAAUAAAAAUAUAACAAAUCUUCUCCUUCACGCUUUCAUUGCCACCAUCGUUUUUCCAGUUCUCUUGUUUUGAUUCCACGCAAAAACCCAUUCAAAAUAAAUCCAUAAGAAAACCCAAAUCACAAUUAUAUAGAAAUUUCCCAAAAAAGGCAAGAAUAUUUUCAAGUUCUUUUUUUGGGGGGGAUUCUUGAUUUUGAUUCAAAAACCCAUUUUUAAGCCCUUUAACACAGACCCAAAUAAUUGGAUUUUUAAAGGCUUUGUGAAUUCUUACAAAGUUGAGAACUUUAUUAAUAAGAAGAGAAAAUUGAAAAACAGGGUGUUUGGUUUGAUGCUUUGUCGAAUUCUUGGUUGAUCACAAUUCAAUUCAGAGACUUUUGUGAAUUUACAAAGUUGCCCCAAAAAGAAUUGAAAAAAGAGAAGAUUGGGUUUUUUUUUGGAUGAUCAGAGAACUUACCGUUUUGAUCAAAAUGGAGUUUUGAUUUGCAAAUAGAAAAGAUGGGAAGGGCUUUGUUAUGUUGUUUUCAUCACUGUUCCAUUUAUUCUUCAAACAGUGAAAACAUUCUAAGAGGGCUCGUUAUAUGAAGAAUGAUAAUAAUCCGGGGAAGGCUCGCACAAGUUUGAAGUUGAGGAAGAUAAUGAAGUGCUUCUGCUCGGGGGAACAAUUACAGAUAGAUGAUAGGGAUGAAUCCCUUGCGACUAAGGAUUACGCAGCAAGUCUCCGUUCAUCAAGAACCAGAGAAGCUGAACAAAAGCCAGAUAUUGGCGAUAUUGAAGAAGCUGAAUCAUCUUUGCGCGAGAGUGGUGCUUUAAAUUAUGAGGAAGCAAGAGCAUUGCUUGGAAGAUAUGAGUACCAAAAGGGAAAUAUAGAGGCUGCUCUACAUGUGUUUGAAGGAAUAGAUAUCGCGUCAGUGACUACUAAAAUCAAAGUCACCCUUGCCGUAAGAGCUCGAACCAAAAAGAGACGUUCACAGAAGUAUGAUAAACCACCAAUGUCAAUACAUGCUGUGAGUUUGCUCCUGGAAGCAGUCUUUCUUAAAGCAAAAUCAUUGCAGGUUCUCGGGAGGUGUAAAGAAGCUGCUCAAUCGUGCACUGUUAUUCUGGACAUUGUUGAAUCUUCAUUACCAGAAGGCUUGCCUGAAAACUUUGGUGCUGACUGUAAAUUACAGGAAACUCUCAGCAACGCUGUUGAGCUGCUUCCCCAAUUAUGGAUACUCGCAGAUUCUCCACGGGAAGCAAUUAUAUCAUACCGCCGAGCUCUUCUUCAUCGGUGGAAUCUUGAUGUCCAAACUAAUGCAAAGAUUCAAAAAGAGUUUUCCAUUUUUCUUCUAUAUAGUGGAAGUGAAUACAUUCCCCCUAGUCUCAGAUUCCAAAUGGGCAGUUCAUUUGUUCCCAGAACUAAUAUUGAAGAGGCCAUUCUUCUCUUAAUGAUUUUAUUGAGAAAGGUUACUCUACAAAGUAUAGAGUGGGAUCCUUCGAUUCUUGACCAUCUCUCAUAUGCGUUAUCUAUCUCAGAUGGCCUAACGGCUCUGGCUAACCAAGUAGAAGAGUUGCUUCCUAGGAAUAUAGAUCAACGUGAACGGUAUCAUAUCUUAGCUCUCUGUUAUUACGGAGGAGGAGAUAACUUUACCGCCUUGAACUUGUUGCGGAAACUAUUGAGUAGUGCCGAGGAUCCCACUUGUGUUCCAGGUUUAUUGCUGGCUUCAAGAAUCUGUGCUGAAAGCUUAGAGUAUGCAGGAGAUGGCAUAAAUUUUGCUCGCCGAGCUAUCGAAAGAUUGCAAGGAAGAUGUGAUCGGCUGAUUGGUGUUGCAAACUAUGUCUUAGGUCUUUCACUUUCAACACAGUCUAGAGCGGUUUUGAAAGAUUCUGAGAGGGUUAGGAUGCAAUCAGAGGCACUUCAAUCCUUGGAAUCCGCUGGAAAACUAACAACGAUGAAUGACUCCAACAUCAUUUACCAUCUUUGUGUAGAAAAUGCGGAGCAAAGGAAAUUGGAUACUGCACUCCAUUAUGCUAAGUGCUUGCUUAAAUUGGAAGGUGGGUCUACUCUGAAAGGGUGGAUGCUGUUGGCUCGGGUGUUAUCAGCUCAAAAGCGGUUUCCGGAAGCCGAAACUAUCAUUGAUGCAGCUCUAGAUCAGAGCGGAAAGUGGGAUCAGGGAGAACUGUUGAGAACCAAAUCUAAGCUCCAAAUUGCACAAGGCCAAGUGAAAAAUGCAAUAGAAACAUAUCGUCAGCUUCUUGCUGUUCUUCAGGUCCGGAGGAAAAGCUUUAGAUUGGCGGAAAAUCUCAAGGAGGAAGGAAGCCGCAAUAGAACUAUGGAGCUGGAAAUGUGGCAUGAUCUUGCUUCCAUCUACAUUAAAUCAUCUCAGUGGCAAGAUGCAGAGAUCUGUCUUUCCAAAUCCGAGGCCAUUAGUUGUUAUUCCGCUUCUCGAUUGUAUAUUUCUGGUUUGCUUCAGCAGUCGAAGGGCCUUUAUAAAGCUGCAUUAAGAGAUUACACGAACGCUCUAGCUAUUGAUCAAUGGCACAUUCCAAGUCUAAUAUCAACGGCGGUGGUACUUAGGCAGAUAGGUGACCAUUCUCCUGGGAUUGUUAAAAGUUUUCUGAUGGAAGCACUACGACUUGAUCGGAUGAGUGCUUCUGCAUGGCAUAAUCUUGGCCUGGUUUACAAAGAGGAAGGUGCAUCAAUGGAAGCAGCCGAGUGCUUUCAAGCAGCUAUACUUCUGCAAGAGACUGAGCCGAUUGAACCGUUCAGAUGACUACCCUUUUGUACAUACUUUUUAACAGAUUGUUCAAGUCGCAACCUUGCUGCAACGAUCAUAUUCAUCUUGUUAGUUUCAUUGUGUAAAUAGUAGUAGAUAACCCUAAUCCCAUAUGUAUUAGGAGUAGGACAUGUAUUGUGUAUAUAUAGG